CAAUGGCAGUGUGACAGCCUGCAGUUGAUGCUCUCCCCUUGCUUGCUUGCUGGCUUGCUUGCAUGUGGCCUUUGAACCCAUUGUUGUGUCGUGGGGUGACGUCAGUGCCGUGUGCGGGAGACGGAGCGGCGUGCUUCUGGCGAGACAAAGGCGGCGGACCGACCGGGGUCAGGCAGCAGCAGCAGAGAGACAGAGAGAGAGAACAACCACUGGGUUUUUAAUCUAUAUAAGAUAACUUAAUAACCUUGGAUUUCAGCUGCCGGUCUCCCUGACGGUACACAGAAUGAAGAUCCACUGACACUCCCCAGGGAAGAUGCUUUAACUCUCCACAAAGAGAGAAAAACAAACCCUCUUCUUUUAACCGUUUUUCUCCAACGCCCCCCAGUUAGCCUGUUAGCUUAGCUUAGCUUAGCAUAGCGAGCUAACCUGCUAGCUCCUCUAGCACAGACUGCUCUCCUCCUCCUCCUCCUCCUCCUCCUCCUGGCUGCUUCUCAUCUUUUCCCUCAAAGAAACAAGGCGACAAGCGAAGACAGGAUCUCAACAACAAAGACAACAUAAACAGAGGGUGAGCUCACUCCCAACAAAACAAACACAAACAAGGCAUCCUUGAUCUGAUGUGAGAUCCAUGUGAGAGGAGAGACACUAUGCCUAGCCCUUUAUUCCACCCCGAGAUUAUGGACCACGACGUGGUGAUCAGCAGCCAGCACAACGGGGUCGGUCUGCCUCGAGAGACAGACCACCAGGAGUCUCGGGAAGAGGACCACCAAGAGGCGCUCCGCUACGCCCUGGACCAGCUGUCACUCAUGGCCCUGGAGAAGGUGGACUGUGGAGGUGUUGUGGUCGACCCUCUGGAUGGGACCCAGCAAGGUCCUGGAUCUGAUGGCUGCUGCAACGGCUACGUGGAUCUACAGAUGCACAUGGAGCAGCAGCAGCAUCCCUCCAACGGGUCCAGGGACUCGCCGACGACCUCCUGCUCUCCAUCCCCGGAGUACUACGGCUCGGGCGGGUACCACCACAUGGCCGGCUCGCACCCCAUGCUCCACGGGGAACAAAGCUCCGUCCUCUGCAGCAGGAAGAGAAGUGUCAACAUGACUGAGUGUGUGCCUGUGCCCAGCUCUGAACAUGUGGCUGAAAUAGUGGGGAGACAAGGUUGUAAGAUUAAGGCCUUGCGUGCCAAAACAAAUACCUAUAUAAAGACUCCAGUCAGAGGUGAGGAGCCAGUGUUCAUCGUGACGGGACGCAGGGAGGAUGUGGAGAUGGCCAAGCGUGAAAUUGUCUCUGCAGCGGAGCAUUUCUCUAUGAUCCGGGCGUCCCGCUGCAAAGCUGGAGGACCUGGAGGAGGAGCAGCAGCAGCAGGAGCAGGAGGAAGCAGCAGCGGCGGCAGCGGCUCUCUUCCUGGACCACCACACUUACCUGGACAGACCACCAUACAGGUGAGAGUGCCCUACCGAGUAGUUGGUUUAGUUGUUGGACCAAAGGGAGCAACUAUCAAGCGCAUCCAGCAGCAGACUCACACCUACAUCGUGACACCCAGUCGAGAGAAAGACCCGGUGUUCGAGGUGACCGGCAUGCCGGAGAACGUGGACCGAGCGAGAGAGGAGAUCGAGACCCACAUCACCCUGCGAACUGGAACCUUUGUAGACCUGCAGGGAGACAAUGACUUCCACUCCAACGGCACUGAUGUCAGUCUAGAAGGUCUGGGCGCCCUGGCCGGAGGGCUGGGGUCGUCUCUGUGGUCCAGGGCUUCUGGCCACCAUUCUGCCCCCCCACCUCCUCCUCCAACCUCCCCACCUCCUCCUCCCAUUCCCAUGUCCAUGCACCACUCCUCCAGCCGGAAGAUGUCCUCCUCAGCAGCAUAUCACACGCACAACGGCGGGAUGAGCUCAGACAACUUCAGCAACACUCGCAAGGCCAACGAGGGAGGCAGCCCCACUAGCCCUUUUAGCACAGGCUCCAGCAGUGCUGGAGGAGGAUUCACUUUUGGGGGUGACUCCACCCCAGGGCUGCCCUCCUCAGAUGAACUGGGCUUUGAGUUCAGUGCCGCCAACAUCUGGGCACCUUUCGUCAACGGUGGAACAGGCAAUAAGACGGCCGGCUCCUCCCAGCAGCAGCAGCCUCUACGUCGCAACAGCAGCGGCCUCAGCGGUGGCGCCAUCACUCCACGAUUGUCUCCAACUCUGCCUCAGGACGCAGGUGUGGUCCUGGAUCAUCCAUUAGCUCGUCGUGCACAGAGCGACCCCCUCAGCACUCUCUCCUGGCUACAGUCUGGCAACGCAGGAGGCAGCUCCUUCUCUGGAGCGUCUAGCUCCAGCUCCGGCGGCUCGUCGACCGGUUACUCCUCUUGCUCGGCCUCCUCCCUGCCCGGCGGCUCACCCACUGACUCCGAGGGAGGCAGCAGCGGCGUGGGCCUCAGCUCUGGGAUGCUGAGCCGGCUGAAAGGCGGCUCCGGCCCCGGGGUGGCGGGUCUGGUCGGCGUCGGCCCCGGGAUCAACAGGGACUGCUUUGUGUGUUUCGAGAGCGAGGUGACAGCAGCCCUGGUGCCUUGUGGCCACAAUCUGUUCUGCAUGGAGUGCGCCGGGCAAAUCUGCCAGUCAGCUGAGCCAGAGUGCCCCGUCUGCCACACCCCCACCACACAGUGCAUCCGCAUCUUCUCCUAAUGCCCCGGCAGGGGGGUGGGGCGGGGGGGUAAAAUAUGAGGGGGGCAUGACGAAGACGGAGUGGGGCACCAGCUGUGGCGGAGGCAAUAGAAGGAUUCACACUAAUAACUUUCACACACACAUGAUGGACCAUAAUAAAUGCAUAAUAGAGAUGAUGAUACUAUACGGAUGUUGAUUUAUUGCUGAUAGCUGUCAAGAUUAAUAAUAAUAAUAAUAAUAAUUACAAUGACUUAUUUUCAGAGUGAAGUUAAUUGAAGCUGGUCUGCAGACAGUUGGGGCUCAGACAGUCUCUCAGUGGUGAACUUAUGGAAGGAAACUAGUGUCUUAUCUCUCUUCAGGCCUUCAUUUUGACCCGGAGCAGCCUGCACUGCUGGCUGCCGGUCUGUCUCGACAUUUCUUCAUUCGGGCUUCUUCAGAUCUCUGCCUGCUUUCUCUCUCACAGCCUUUCCUUUUGACACUUUUGUACUUAACAGAUAUUUUUCGAUGAAGCUGUCAAUGAGGCCUGCACUUUUCUACUCCUUAUUUUAAUGUUCUUGACAGGACGCAAACCGUUCCAACAAGCCCCCUUCCUUUCUCCUCUUGCUCUCACUCAUGCUGUUGUUUGUGACAUGAAGCGGCGGGGUUGCUAUUUUUCUGUAAGCUUGGAACUUUUUUUUUUAUUUUUAAAAAGGUCCGCACGUAGUCAGGCACCUAUCAGAACAAUAUGCCCGAGGUACCUCGUACUAGGAUGACUUCCUGUCUCUGUUGCGACAAAAAUUAGCCAUCAGUAAUGCCAAAUGAAUGCUAUUAAUAGAUUCUUGAUCAAAUUCAAUAACAUGUUGGAUGAAUUUGGAUGCCCCACAUUUCAAAUGUGGCUGCUACAUUAAUUCACAUUAAUGUUCCUCUUAAUAAGUGAGAAACGUACCAUUAGUGAUAUUGUAGGAAUGUGUCUGAGGUCAGUUCUCUGUACGUUUGAGCUGCCUGACAAUCCCUUUACAUCUCUCUCUCUUGUAUGUGUGCGUAAAUAAUGCCCACUCAUGCUGUUUUCACAUCGGCGUCAUUAUGUGUCCUCACCAUAAGACGGUCUGGUUUCUCUUCCUGCUGCCCCUCUCCUUCACUUCACUCUCUCAGUCUUACAGGAAGGCUUUGCUCUGAUCCAUCCACACCAGGACACUUUCCUCUCACAUCCCGUCUGUUACACUCAGAUCGGCUUGUUUAGCGUUUUUCUACUAGUUUUUGACUCGUGACUGUCAAAGUGUGUGGCUCGCAGACGUAUUUUGAACUCUAGGAUAAGAUAGGGCUUUUCUGAUGUCACACGUGAAUGUUUUAUCCAAUAAGGUUAUGGAGAGGCGGCUUCUCCUCCCACAUGAAAACAAUAACAAGGGGCUCGAUUGAACCUGUUUUUUUCAUGCACUGUAACUCCCGGCCCCUCUAAAAAGUAAAAAAAAAAGAAGAAAAGAAACAGCUCUUACUGUUUUUGUUUUGCUAUUUUUGGUCUUCCACCUCACUCUCACAGCAAAGCUGUAUGGCACUCUCUCAGAUGACACACAGUCAUACCCAUAUAGCGCUGUACUCCUGGCCAGAUGUGGUGCACUAUACGGUUAGUUGUUUGAGCUUUGUCCUAUGUUUUCAUAGCAUUACUGAGUAACUCCCGAUGAGGCGGUUGCAUCCUGUUUUGUGUUAGUGGUUUUUAAAGAAUUCAGUGUGAUUUUGCAGUAACUGCCUCCUAUAGUGUUAAUACUGUACGUAUGAUUUGGGCGAUGUCGGUGCGAUGGUACACGGUUGCCGUUAAUGGCCCUUUUUGAACAUGCAUGGAAUCAGCUCAUAGAAUGAGACAAGCCAUGAUAUAAGAAUUAAAACGACACACCUAAUUCUCAAGGGCUUCCUCUGACUGCACAGACACAUGAUCACAUUUUCAGGCUCACUCGCAGUAGGUAGAACUUGUCCUUUAUGGCAGCUAGUAGCUAGGUCAUCCAGGGCUUCCAGACACUCUUUGUGUUCAAAUCCCAGCAGCUGCAGAAUGUUUUGCUUCUUGCUUUUUUUAAAUUAUGUUUUCUAACUGUCCCUACACAGUCAUCACAUUCGGAUCCUGUCAAUAGAGCGUAGGGCAUUGCAGUCACAGUGUGUCCUCCUCUCUGGACGUAGUCUCAGAUCAGGACGGGUUGUAGGGUUUUAAUAUCAAGGGAAAAAAGGGUAACUCUACUUGAGUAAAUAAUUGGCGAGAAUGGGCAGUUGCUGCUGUGCUUUGGUGCUCCAGCCAGUAUGAUGUUAACUUAUUUGCUGUCUGACUGUUCGUUUGCUUACUUUAGGUGACGAGGACAGCAGCUGCACAGAGGAAUCUAAUAAGCCGCUGUCCUGGUUGAGCGCAGCAGUGCACUAAUUCAUGUGUCCACACGUGUAGGAAAAAACCUGCCCAGGAGCUAAACCGGUAGUCUUUGUGAAGACUACCCCAUGGUGCUUUGGUGCAACUCCCUACUGAAACACGGCGAUGAACAAACCCAGUUGGUAGUGGGAGGCCUCUUAGUUCAACCCACCCCCUCGUCGGGCUCUGAUGUCAAACGUCGCAUUACUUUGCGCGCACUCGGAACAGAUGCAGGGCCGCGAACGCGUCCGAACGAACAGAUCAGUCGUGACUGUCGUGCAAGUUGGUUGAGGCCAAUCUUAAAAGCCGUUUUUCAAACAGUCCAAGUUGACAUGUUAAAGGAAUUAAACGUGUUGUAUUUGCCAGACGGGUCUAAUGUAAAUCCUGGUGUUGCACUGGGAAGUUUCUGGCCAUUGAGAGAAUGUUAGGGUUUAAUGUACAGUAGUUUCAUUGUUAAAAAGGUACAAAGUUUUUCAGAUUGACUGCUGAUUUUUAUUUUUUUUAGCCAAACUCAUCCCCUCCCCCAUUUCCUUCCUAAAGGUUUGAAAACAGGGUUUCCUGAGGCAUGCUAGCCAGUGACCUCUGACCUUUUUUGUGAUUAGAGGGGGGGAUGCAAAGAGAGCCAUGCCAGUAAGGGGUGACAGACACCCCUCAAGUCGCCGCUCUCCUAUUUUUUGCUUUAAUUCUCUUUGUAUGCAGAACCAAAAUGUAAAACGUCGGCAAACUAGGUUUCAGGCCUGACCUGUGUGUGUAUAUACCCUGAAUACAAUCAUUGGGAUCUUGUUUUCAAAAGCAAAAUGACUUAAUGAAGAUAAGUGUAGUUUCUAAAGAACAUGUAUCAUUAUUUGUAAGUUAACCAUCUGCAUGUCUUCAAGCCACCUGGCAUUAGCUAAUAAUUUUUAAGAUAAAAAAAGACUUUUUACACAUUUUAUUUUUUACAAUUUAUUUGCUUACCUAAAUAUCCCAGACAAUAAUGUGACCCUUUUUAUUACUUCAAAUUUAUUUUUAUUUUCCAUUUUUUUAUUUUCCUUAUUUCCUGUGUACUACAUAUAGGCAAUUUAUAACAAAAUGAGAAAAUUAUUGAAGAAAUUUUAAAAUUGAAAUAUAUUUUAUUUGAAAGUUUAUGGACCUUUUAACCGUGAGCCGGAAAAAUUGUAUAAUCGUAUAAUUUGAACUGACUUGACGGUUAUGAGAAAUGUAUCAAGAGUUUUAUUUUUUAUGCUUCUUUAAUAAAGUCUUGUUUUUGGUUUCAUUUUUUUACUGUAAAAUAA